UUGAGGUUGGAUCGACCACAGAGCGAUAAAAAAAAAAUUGAGAUAACACAAGCAUCUUGGUUGGAAUUUCAAGUGGUUAUGAUUUAAAUUCGUACUAUUGAUGAAAUAAAAUGUAUCAAAAUACUUGCGGUGCUGCAGCCGCAAGUGCCGGAGGCUGUAUAGAAACAGACAGAGAAUGUCAUAGCUUAAUUUCCAAGGAACCGCAAAUUCCAGUUAUAGAACAUGAUUAUAGUGGGUUUGAUAUAGUCAAAGCUACCCAGUAUGGAGCUUUUGCAAGAGUUCGGGAACUAAUUGAAUCUGGAUAUAAUGUAAACAAGAGGGACAAUGAAAAUGUUACUCUCUUACAUUGGGCGGCAAUCAAUAACCGCAAAGAAAUUAUGAUUUACUUUAUUGAAAAGGGAGCUGAAGUUGAUGCAGUCGGAGGAGAACUCAAUGCUACUCCCUUACAUUGGGCUACUCGACAAGGUCAUUUAGAAGCAGUUGUUCUUCUAAUGAAUGCUGGUGCAGAUCCUACGAUGAGAGAUGCAGAAGGGUGCUCAUGCAUCCAUUUAUCCUGUCAAUUUGGGCACACAGCCCUAGUUGCCUACUUCAUAGCUCGAGGAGUGAGUCCUGAUUUGGUGGAUAGGGGAGGAAUGACUCCUUUAAUGUGGUCUUGUUGGAAAAUUUGUAACUUGGAUCCUACGAGAUUAUUACUGACUUUAGGUGCAUCCCCUAAUAUAACAGAUCAUCAGGGAAAUACUGCUCUUCAUUGGGCCAUUUUAGCAAGGAACACUUCAGCUAUCACCCUCCUCAUUGUUCAGGGGAAUGCUAAUAUGAAUGCUUCCAAUCUAAGGGGCGACACACCCUUAAACAUGUUACAGUCACAAGUUGGAUCAGUUUGGGUAGGAGCCAAAGUAACAGAAAAAAUAAGAGAACAAUUAAGCACCAGUCGAUCUAGAACAUUUUUAUUCAAAAUUACCAAAGAUAAACGACUGAAGUGGUGGUGUAUGGUGGGAACUCCAUUCUUAGCUUUUUACUUAGCUGGUGCCAUUUUGAGUACGAGUUUAUUAGUUUUAAUAAAAUUUUUCCUUUUGGUGUGCCUGUAUAUAGUACUACACUAUGCUGGUCAAAUAUUGUACGAUGAUAGAUUAAUGGCACUUCUACCAGUAAACAUUUAUUUAGCAACUAAAAUAUGGAUGUAUUUUACAUGGUUCAUAUAUAUAAUGCCUUUCACCAGUUUAAUUACAAAUUUAGUGUUCUUGCUCAGCUCUGGAUUACUCUGGUAUUUCUUCUUAAAGUCAUGGCUUGGUGAUCCUGGAAUCAUUGAAACAUCUCAGAAAUUGAGAUUUAGAACGAUUAUAGAGCUUGCUGAAAAAGGACCAUCUGGCUUUGAACCCUCAAAUUUCUGUUCAGCCUGCCUUGUGCGUCGACCAUUGAGGUCAAAGCAUUGCUCUGUUUGUAAUCACUGUGUGGCUAAAUUUGAUCACCAUUGUCCUUGGGUAGCUAAUUGUAUAGGUGUAAACAAUCACAAAUACUUCAUUGGAUUUCUUGCCACACUGGUCAUUAUGUGCAUUCAGCUGAUAAUUGGCUCUGUCAAUUUCUGGAAGAACCAACCUGAGUGCAAUUUUACUCUUAUAUCCCCAAAUUUUUGGGAUACACUAAGCUCUAUAGGACAGUGUGACACAUGGGUGGCGUGGGUCAGUGCCAAUGCUUUGUUCCAUUCUAUUUGGGUAUCAAUGCUGCUGGUUUGUCAGCUAUAUCAGAUAUCCUGCUUGGGAAUGACAACCAAUGAACGGAUGAAUAGAGGACGUUAUUCACAUUUCCAAUCAAACAGCGGAAAAUCGCCGUUCUCUAAGGGCCCCAUGAUGAAUCUGAUGGAGUUUUUUGAAUGUACAUGUUUUGGUUUCUUCAAACCACAAAUCCAAGAUUGGCUUGUCCGCUAUGAAUUGGAGAAAAAUAUCGAACAACAACCGCUUAUUAGGCACAAAGACAACUAUCAAUACGUAUAAAUGAGUUAGUAACCAUGUGCACUUUUUACAAGAUUAUAUGGGAAAAUUUCCAGGUUGAAGAGAAGGACAAAACCUUCAGCUCAAAAAGGCCAAAAAUUAUAUAUUUGCAGUUUCAUCUCGCACUAAUUUCAGCAUAUAUCAUGAUGAAAUUCACGAUAUUAUUAAUUCACAACGCCCAUGAUUUGUGCUAAAAUAUUUAUAUAUACCAAAAUAAAGUCUGAACCACCCUUGUAUUAUUUCUGCCUCCCAGAAAUGCAAAUUGGGCGAAAUAUGGUGUAUAACUGCAUUUAUUGUUUUUAUCACCGUUAUUUUUAUACUUCAAUGAAUAUAAGCCAUUAUUUUUAAAAUCAAUAAUUACGAAAUACUAUAUAUCAUAGUAUUGCUCCAUUUACUCUAAUGAAUUAGUUAACAUUUUUGGCAAACAAACUUUUGCAAACAACAGUUCUAUGAAAUGCUUUGGCUAUCCUAUAUUAACCAAUGGCAACCAACAAUUUUCCAAUUUGUUAGAGUGAAUUAGUAGUUGGACCAUAAAUCGUGGGCAAAAAGUUGUUUCCUUCGAAAAUUCUUCUGGACUUGAGUUUAAUCACUGUUGGUAAAAUUUUUGACACUAUAAUAAUUUGAUUUGAAUUAAUAUUUCAUUGAGAUCCUAGGGUGAUACAACAUCAUGAAGAUUUUUAAACAAUUAUCAUCACAUAACUUACCCAAACUUGUAUCAAGUGCACUUUAUGUAAUGACUGAUUAAAGAAAUAUUUUAGCAAACUAUUCAACUCUAUUAGUAAGAAAGUAACCUGUUAGACCUGCAUUAUAAUAUCAACAUGGAAAUUACUAUGUUUUGUAUAAAACAACAAAGGAAUUAUUUUUUGUUAGUUUCUAAAAAUUUUAGACAAAUAUUACAGAACACGUUUAAGAGCUAAUCCUUAAUAAAAUCAUCACUCAAUUUUAAUAUGUAUAGAAAUAUAAUAUCAUAUAUAAAUUUCUGCACAUGUCCCUUUGUAAAGUCUCUGAAAACAUUGGAAGAUAAAAAAAUAGUUAUAUCCAUUCUAAUGUAAUUCUCUAACAUUCCAAAAUGUAAUUGCAUUGUAUGUUCAAUACCUGCAGUAAUAUCACUUCAAUUUUUUAAAAUGAGAUCGAAUUUUUGAAUUAAAAUGAAUAUUUUUCGAUAGCAAAGAUAUAAAAUAUAUCUUUUUCUAAUUUUUUUUGGGUAUAUUGUUUCUGAUGCAUAUUUUUGCUCAAAUGUACACAUUUUCAUUGAAUUUUCGAAGCAUAGGAACGAACUUUCACCAUCUAUUCUUUUUUCAUUUAUUUGUUGAUUUUUAACGUUUUUUGCUGAAUUAUUUUGUAAGGUUGGUUGUUUUUUUAUUUGUAAAUAUGUAUGUAUAUGCAGGUGUGUGUGAGUGUCAAAUGGUUUUUUAUGACUAUUAUCAAUACAGAUUAGCACUGAAGUAUUGUAAGUGAAAACAUAUUUUUAUUGAACCUGUGACGAAAAAAAAUUCCAACUAAAAUUGAAAAAAUGGAAUUUUUUCUUGUCAAUAACCCCACUGAGUAUCGAAAGAAUUAUAAAUAAAGAUAUCGUCAAUAUAAUGGAAUUUCUCAAUAUUAGUUGUUGAUGAAUGAAUUUAUAGAAAUAUUCCGAUGGUCAAUUUGAAAUUUGCAAUGAGAAUAGCUUUUAUUGUACUUCCUAUUCAUUAAUAUAAUAAUAAUAAAUAAAUGAAAUGACAAGAACAGUUUGGUUAAAAAUUUGAAAUCUAUAAUAUAAUUAGUUUAAAUGUUGAUCAUAUCGUAAAUUGUUAUAUUUCAGAAUAAAAACACUUCGCGUAUUUUAUGAAUAUUUCCUAUAUAAUGAUCUGCUUAGGUCAAAGCAAUAACUAUUUUGUUUAUUGCAAGCAGAAGAUUUGAACCUUGCUGAUGAACAAAUAAUUUACAUAUUUAAGCCUUAUCGAUGUCAGCUUUGAAUGUGUAUUUGUAAAAAAUAAAAAAAUUGGCUGUAA